UAAAGAAGAGUAGCCAUUUUCAAACAGCUGAGGAGAUUUCAACAAAAAUACUCGCGUUUUUUACCAUYCUAGUCAAAUAUUAUAUUACAAAAUGGAUUCUGAAUACCUAAAGAAGCAUGUUGGAGAUGCUUUGUCUUAUGGUUUGUCUGAAGUUGUGCAAAAACGACCGGUCGAUCCGAUCGAAUACUUGGCAUUUUGGUUGAGGAAAUACGUCGAGAACAGAGAUUUCGCCUUCAAGAAAGAUGAAGAACAAGCAGCUUUAAAUAUUGAAAGACAAGAAGCUGAGAAAGAAAAAUUACGACAAGAAAAAAUGAAAGAGGAGGCAGAGGCAAUAGCUAGACAAGAAGCCUAUGAAAAGKCUGCACAAGAACAGGUCGUUGUUGACACUGAACCAAGACCAAUGCCUCCUGAAGUCUCAGAGAGUUUACCUACUGUVGCUGAAGGUGAUGAAACUGAAGAAGAGAAACAACAAGAAGAUGCCAAACCAAAAGAUGAUAAUGAAGGAGAAAGCAAACCUGAAGGCGCUCUAGCAACAGUUACAGAAGAAACGGAAAAUGGAAUUGAAGAACAAACAAAAGUUGAAAAAGAAAACAAUCCUGAAGAAAGUACUCAACAGAAAGAAAAUACAGAACAAACUACAGCAGAAAGUACAGAGAAAGUUGACAAGGACGAUACAACUGGUGAAAGUGCUUCAGGAGAUGUAAGUGAGGAGAAUAAAAAACCAACUGAAGUUACUACUACAGAACCAGCUGAAGGCUCAACAGAACCAGCUGAAGCCUCAACAGAACCAGCUGAAGGUUCAACCAAACCAGCUGAAGAUUCAACCAAACAAACAGCUGCAGAGGAGACAGCACCAGCACAAGGAACUACAGAACAAGGAAACACUGAGGGCACAGAGCAACCAUCUGUAGAGCAAUCUGCAGAAGGAUAGAAUGCCACAACAAUUGACUCAUAUUUGCAUUAAUCAUGCAAUUAAAAAAGUUGUAUACAGAAUGAAGUCACUAAAUCCACAAUGUUUGUAUUUAAGCAGUACUAAUUAUGACAGGAAACUAUAUCCUGGCCUUGUCUGGUCUUCCUGGAAAUGCUGCAAAAAAAGAAAUCACAAUAUUCAAAUGGCAAAGUGAUAAAAUGAUGCUUUCUAGCUUAAAGAUCAGUUAGGRUCAUCAAAGUUAAUUUUUGCAUACCUUUUAGGAUCAUAUUAAUUGUAAUCCCGAUUGUGUAGAAUCCAUCCUGCACUUUUG